AUGGAGCAUGUUACGGCGGUUCACGUUCCCCAGAUGGAGUCCGCUGACGCUAAACCGUCCAGGGCGGAAAUUCUGAGAGGAUUUAUCAAUGAGAAGCUGACUAAAGCUGCGGAGGAAAUAUUCGCUGUUGUAGAAAGAACCAUAACAGGCUACGAAGAGGAGGCUUCGGGCUUGAAACAGGACCUCGAGCAGCGAAGGAGGCAAAUGGAAACUGUUGUUCAGCUCGCGCCGCGUCGACCAGAUGAGAUUGGACCGCUGCCUGUUUAUGCUGCAGUCCGUGUGGAGGCAGAGCAAAGACCACACACACAUGCUGCUGGGAGUCCAGAUGUGUCAGGCCGCACGGAGGAAGCAGGAGUUGACUGUGAGAAGGAGGAGGCUGGAUCUGCUGAGACAUCGCAGAGCAGCGGGUUCGACCAGAACCCUCAGAGGGAACCAAGUCACCUCGUCCCACACACAGGAGCUCAGUCUAUGAUGACACUGGAUCCCAUAACCAUCAGUGUGUGUCUGUCGGACCCCAUCAAGCUCCAAACAGGUGUUCUAAACUCUUCCGUUCGGAUGAUGACGUGUCCUCGGGGCUUGAGGAAGGACGACUUCCUGUCCCAACUGAGCUCCACCUUCCCUCAACUGAUGAGGCCCUUUGAGGUCUUCACCAUCGACGCAUCCGGGAAACCGAGGCCAUUGAAAACAGAAUCACUGACACCAGAGAACAUCUACAAGAACAUGGAGUCAGCGGAAGGAGGAGGAUCCACCUUGUACAUCCAUCUGAAGGCUGAGGAUCAACAGCAGAGCAUCGAUGAGACCAGGACUCAUGGAAGGUCAAUGAGAAACUUACUGAAACCCCUCGGUUCACGCUCCUGUGUCGGCAGCGAUCCUGUGGAAAAGGUGGAGCGUGAGGACGCAGACGUUGUGUCCAUCAGCUCAGGAGCCCAACAGGUGGAAACCGACAACGAUGAUGGAGAGAGUUGGGCUGAAGGUCCAGACCCGUCUCCUGGCCGCUCUGAUGCCGAGCACGGUGACGGGGGGACCCCCGACCACGGUCUGAGGGGAGGAGCCACAGACGCCACCAGGCCGUCCCCGUCGCCCGGACCCGCCGGCUCUGCAGGAGAGCCCAGUGGGAGGUCCGACCACCAGGACGAGCCUUCAGGACGGCUCACGCGCUCACAGCCGUCAAGCACUAGAGCACUGGCCAGUCGGCAGCUCAUGGUCUGUUUGCUGAAGGACGCCCGGAUCAGCACGCUCACAAAGGAGGCUACCGUCAGCAGUCACAGAUUCUUGGGCCACGCAGAGGAGAAAGGAGGCACCGAUGGAGCGGCCACUGCAGAGACGGCAGCACAGAGCCGCAUCCCAGACCUGAACAUGAGGAACCCGGCUCAGCUGAUCUCACCUAGAAGAGAUCAGUGUGUGAGAACCAGAGUCAGGAAAUCCAAUCAUCUUCGUCUCAGAGUGUGUCUGAUGAAGAACAUAAAAUCCAGACUGGUUAAGUCCCCGAUUCAGGUGGUGCGGUGUCUUCGGAGCAUGACAGAAGACAGCUUCCUGGCCGCGCUGAGGGCCGCCUUCCCUCACUUUACCGGGCCGUUUGAGGCCUUCACGGCCGACGCGUCCAGGAGACUGUUGCCCCUGAAACCAAAGGCUCUGACGCCAGAGAACGUCUGCAAGUCCAUCAAGUCAACGGGCAAAGGGCGGUCGGCCCUGUACAUACGAGUCCAGCAAACCUGUGAAAAAGAGAAAAAGCAGCAAGAUUCUACAGCAUCAACAAGCGUCGACUCUGCCUCUGACGGAGAGAAGCACCUCCAGGAAAGCGCCGAGGACCACGAUGGCUCGUUCUUGUGCAGCGUAAUGCGGGGAAAGCAGGUCCGCUUCCGAGUGCGCUUGUUGAAGGACAAAGCGACUGACGUACUCAAAAAAGGCGUGUUAAGCUCUGCGGUGCGGAACCUGAAGUGCCCCCGGGGGAUGGACGAGGACGCGUUCCUGAAUCACCUGAGGUCCAGCUUCCCCCGACUGACUGGAGCCUUUGAUGCCUUCACCACCGACACGAGCAGGAGGCUGAUCCCUCUGAGAAUGAAGAGCCUGACCCCAGAGAACGUCUACACCGCCAUCAAGUCCACGGGGAAGGGGCGCUCGGCCCUCUACAUACGAGCCAGGCCUGCGGAUCGACCUCACGUCCAGAAAGACCUUUGUCCUCAGAGGAGGAAACAUGAAGCUGCUGCAGCCACAAACGAUGAGAGUGAGGAGAGCAAAAGCACCUGCAGGGAUCCGGUGGAAACGGUGGGAAACAAGGACGCAGAAGCAGCGUCCAGCAGCUCAGCAGAGCAGCCGACGGACACAGACGGCGUUUGUGCUGCACCGGGUCCAAGCUGUGCCUCCACAGCUCAGAGCGACGCCGAUCACAGCGGCGGUGGUCAGAACCUGCUGGAAACCACGUCGCUGUCGUCAGGCUGGAAGAGGAAUCACACCCAGGGAGACGACUUGGAUAAUGACUGGAGGCCAGAAGAAGCAGCAGCAGAGGCUUCCUCCUCCAGAGCGAUCAGGAGGCCUCUGCAUAUCAGGGUGUGCUUGCUGAAUGACACCCAGACCAACGUGCUCGCAACAAAGGGCCAUAAAUGUCGAGUGCAGAAGCUACGGUGUCCACGAAAGGGCAGCUUCCUGGAUAUGCUGAGGUCCAACUUCCCUCAUCUGCCCAAAGGCAACUGGCCGUUUGACGCCUUCCUAACUGACAAACACAAGAGACUGCAGCGACUGGAGGUCCAGGACAUGACGCCGGAGGAGAUCUACAGGUCCAUGAAGGCAUCUGGGAAUGGACGAUCAGCUCUCUACGUCCGGCGGAAGCUGACAAAGCCAUCAGCGAAUAACAAGGAGCAAAACCCUCCAACCCAGAGGAAGGAUGAAGCCUCCAGUGACCCUCCCUCCUCCUCGAACACAAGGGAAGCUGAAGAUGAGCCGCAUGGAAGCUCCACCAUCGGCCUCGUAGGAAACGAGAAGAGCAGCGAAGGCCUUCACCCUAUUGCAACACAGAUACAAGCGGGCGGAGAAGCUCAGGAGAGUCCGUCAGUCAGUGCCCCUCCUUCUGCACCUGAGAGCGACGAUGAUGAGGUGGACAGUGGCGACAGAGAUGUGGACUGGAAGCCAGACAAGGACCACGAAGAGCAGGAGCAGAGUGAACCUGACGGGGAUUUAGUCACGAUGAGGAAGAGAGCAGGCAAACGUUCAAGGAGAAGGAGAUCAGCAGCUAUGAAGUCGCCUCCAGAAAGGACUGCUGAAGGCUUUUACUCCUGCAAAGCCUGUGGCUCUCUGCAUAGAACCGUUAACAUACUGCUCAAACACGCCUGGAGGCACGUGGACCACGCAGAAAAGCUGUGUGGGGUGUGUGGAGCACCUGCCGACGGUGCGGAGGAGCUGAGGCGCCACCUGGACGCUCACAUGAAAACGCACGCCUGCAACAUCUGUGGGAGGUAUUUCCUCACCCUGGGCUCUCUGAAGAAACACACGGCUCUACACAGCACAGAGCAGCCCUUCAGGUGUGCGCUCUGCCCUAAAGCAUACGCAACCAAGCAGAGUUUGAUGUUUCACAGCCUGACUCACAUAGAGAAUAAACCCUACAAGUGUGACGUGUGCCACCAGGCGUUUGGCCACAAAAGCCAGAUGGAGGCUCACGCCACCACGCACACGGGGGAGAAACCCUACCGCUGCGGACUCUGCGGGAAAACCUUUGCUUACUUCAAGUGUUUAUCUCUCCAUAGGUCUGUUCACACUAGCCAAAAGUGUUACGCCUGUCAGGUCUGUGGGAAGAGGUUCAAUCGACUGGUACAUAUGAAGGCGCAUGAGCGGAUCCACGCGGCCAGAGACAAGUCGUUCCUCUGCGAUGUCUGCUGCAAAGCCUUCUGUUCACUGGAUGUUUUAAAAGCUCACCUGAAGACGCACAGCAGACAAGAGAAGACUCUGUGCACCGAGUGCGGCAAGGAGCUGUCCUCUGCCGCGUCUCUGAGGAGGCACAUGAUCGUCCACGCUGACCAGAGGCCCUACAGCUGCUCCACCUGUGGACGGGCCUUCAACGCUCUGAGCACCCUCAGAGUCCACACGAGGACCCACACCGGGGAGAAGAGGUUCACCUGUAAGGUCUGCGGCAAAGCGUCCUCUCGGCGAACUCAUCUGAAGAUCCAUAUGAGGACCCACAGUGGAGAGAGACCCUACAAGUGCUCCAUCUGCCCCAAAGACUUUACCCAGAGCCACUGUCUGAAAACCCACAUGAAGAGCCAUUAUGUGGAGAAGCGGUUGUAGUAAAUCUGAUCAUACAGCUGUCGGACCAGCUGUACCGAGUCAGCCAGUACCGAGGCUGCUGGUAUUUAACCAAACCACAGAGAAGAGUCGGUUUGUCUGCAGCGCUGUGGCAACUGGGAACCUGUUACAGAUGUUUAAAGCUCAAAGUCAGUUAAGUGAGCGUUAUUUACUGGGAGUCUUUUCUUUGUUGUUGGGUCGUAAGGUUAAUUUCAUGGACUCAGAGCUCACACGUGUUCAACACAGCCAUUAAUCAGUUCUCUCCACCUUUGACACAGUGAUGAACCAUGAAGCUUGAACUAGUUAUUGCUCCUGAUGCAGUCGAGCCAGCACCCGAGGUCACACACGUCUAGAAACGUCCUUCGAUGCUCCACAAGCAGGAGAAAGACUCUCAUCAGCCCCAGACUCCCGUUUAACAGUGAGAAAAACGAAAACAUGCAGGACACGCCUGUUAGAGCCUCAACACAGACACGAGACUGACGGUCAGAAUGAAGAUCACCAGUCACAGACCUAAUUCACAACAUUACAGGCGAAAAGUGUCAAACUGUCACAUCUGCGUCUAUUUGAAAUGUUUCAGUAACAAAAUGGGAUCUUUGCUGUUUCAUGUUCAGAUGUUUUCUCCUGUUUAACCAAAGCUGUUUUAAUUAUCACCUGAAUGGUUUUGUUAAUUAUUGUUUUAGUCAUAGUUUUUUUUAGCGUCACUUUAAAUUCUGUUCAAAGAAACAAAUUCUGAAAGAACUGAAAAUAAGGGGAUUUUUAGCUUUGUUGAAUUCUGCCUGUGUUUAUGCCGAUAAAUAUGUUGAAGUUGUACCUCGGUGCCCGACGCUGCAUGAAGGAUGAGCUCAGAGAAGAUUCUGUGACUCAUUACUGGUUCCCAGGUCACUGUUCUACAUCUACAACCAAUAAAUCAAUAUUGGCUUAGGUUUCAUUCUA